UGGAGAUAAGGAAACCAUGGUGAAAUGUACACUUGAAUUCUUCCACACAAACUCAAAGAUGGAGGUAAUAGUUCUAUACCCAUCACCAGCAAUAGGCCAUCUUGUAUCUCUCGUUGAGCUAGGAAAGCUCAUUUUAACUUCCAAGCCUUCACUCUCCAUCCACAUCCUCGUCACCACCGCGCCUUACGACGCCGGUGACACCGCUCCCUACAUCGCCGCCGUCUCCGCCACGACUCCUUCCAUCACCUUCCACCACCUCCCGCGCAUUUCCCUCCCUCCCGAGCUUUUGAACACCACGGCCCACCCCGAAACACUAAUGUUCGAAGUCCUCCUUCGCAACAAGCCCAUCGUGGCUGAAGCCCUACGUUCCAUCUCUCAAAGCCACACCGUUCACGCUUUCAUCAUGGACUUCUUCUGCGCUAGCAUCAUCGAAGUCUUCUCUUCCGAUCAUCAGCUGAACAAGAUCCCCACUUACGUCUUCGUCACUUCCCCCGCGUCUUUCUUGGCUUCUUUCCUUUACUUGCCGACCCUUCACGAAACCAUCCCACAGAGCUUCAAAGACCUUAAAAACACUCUUCUAGACAUCCCUGGAUUGCCGCCGAUUCCCGCGUUGGAUAUGGCAAAACCAAUUCUGGACCGUAGCGAUAUGGCCUAUGAAUUCUUUCUCGAGUCGACAACCUACUAUCCGAAAUCAGAUGGACUCGUCAUAAACACUUUUGAGUCUUUGGAGCCUCGAGCCAUCAAAGCCAUAUCGGAUGGAUUAUGCGUGCCGCAUGCUCCCACGCCUCCGGUGUACUGCAUUGGACCGUUAAUUACAGCCAAGGGGAAAAAAGGAUCACAACUUGAGUGCUUAGAAUGGUUGGACUCGCAACCAAGACAAAGCGUGGUUUUUCUCUGUUUUGGAAGCUUAGGCGUUUUCUCGGAAGAGCAACUGCAUGAAAUAGCGGUGGGCUUGGAGAGGAGCGGCCAGAGGUUCUUUUGGGUGGUGCGAAAUCCAUCGUCGGCUUCACCGGAAUGGAACUUGGAUUCGUUGCUCCCACAGGGAUUCUUGGAUCGGACGAAAGACAGAGGACUGGUGGUGAAGAACUGGGCCCCACAAGUGGAGGUUCUACGUCAUGACUCGGUGGGCGGGUUUGUGACCCAUUGCGGUUGGAAUUCGGUGUUGGAAGCGAUAUGUGCCGGUGUGCCGAUGGUGGCGUGGCCGCUCUAUGCGGAGCAGAGGUUGAACAGAGUCGUGCUUGUUGAGGAAAUCAAGAUUGCUCUGCCCAUGAAAGAGUCCGACGGCGGGUUUGUGAGCGCCAGCGAAGUUGAGAAGCGGGUCACUGAGUUGAUGACAAGCUCAGAAAACGGCGGCUCGUUACGGAAGCGUGCGUUAGUGAUGAAGGACGAAGCCAGAGCUGCUCUGAGCGACGGUGGAUCGUCCCGAGCUGCGUUAGCCAAACUCACUGAGUCGUGGAAGCGUGGCUGAGUUGUUGGAUCAAACGAACACAACAAUUUAAUCCCCGAGCUACUGCUAGUA